AUGAAGCUAGGACCGGAUGACGUAUAUUCGCUGAUGACGUGGGUGAAAAGUGACGCGACCGAGUACGACCGCUCGUUCACGGCGAACGAUGAUGCGGACGUGUACGAUGGAGCGGACGUGACAAGUACGGUGACUCGUUUGACGAGUACGAUAGGAUGGGCGGAGGGCGAAACGGUGGCUAGGCAGAGCGCAGAAACUGCCAGGAACGGGACGGUACUGACGAAGUGUGGCAUCUGGCUGCUGACGGUAUUGAAGGACGAUAGUGGUGUCGGCAUCUUUGAGAUUAGCGGUGUCGGUCUCAACUUUAAGAUUAGCGGUGUAGGCAUCACUCGGAGAUUAGUGGUGUCGGCAUCUUUGAGAUUGGACGAUGUGCUGCUCGAGCUCAGUGGAGCGAGUGGUAGUGCACAAACAGACGGACGGACGGGUAACGCCUCGGUGGACGAGGACCAAGGACAGUCGGCGAGGAAGGACGUUAUCUGUAUUUGGGUUGUAAACGGACAGUAA